UUCUCGCCGUCUUUAGAAAGGUAGAGAAUAGAAUAGUCACAUAGUUACAUCGUGUUCCGUUGUUGAGUUCAGAAUGUCCAAUAAUUAAAAUAAUAAUGGAUAGUUUACUGGAAUUUCAUUCGCUACCGUUCCAAUUUUCAGUGCCUGCUUCUUGACAAUCACGAAAUAUAGCUAUCGCGACUAUUAUAAGGUCUGUGCUAUGAUGGAUGCUAUAACAUGGCUAUAACCUAAAAUAUUCUCUAUUGCUCUACUGUCACUAAUUGUCAACACCCGACUGUCAAACAAUUUGAUUUCACCGAAUUUCACGUUUGUAAGUCAAAAACACGUGUGUUUUGGUUCUGUUACCAAUGUGAGUGAUGUAUAUACGAAAUUAUUUCCUUUAAAAUGCCUCCUUUUAGAAGUGGUUUGCUUAAGAGAAAAUCUAGUAAUAAGGAAUCAAAUUCUAGUGAUUCAGAAAAGGUACCAGAUCAAUCUGACGAAGGUUCAGGAGAUGAAGAGUUAAUUCAAGGAGCACUUAACGGUGAAGACGACGCCACAGACUCUGAACAUGAGGAAGAGAGUGGAGCUGCGUCCGAUCAAGAACAGGAUGCGGUGUUAUUUGAUGACAGCGCAGACUCGACAUUUGGAGAUGAUGAACAAGUAGACAAUGAUUCAGAAGGGUCCUCAGACCUCACUGACUCAGAAGAAGAAUCAGGAGAUGAAAAUGAUGGUAGCAGUGAAACUGACGAAGAGAGUGUGGAUAGCGGAGCUGAGUCUGGAGCUGUACAAACUCCAUCAGGUGUGAGUGAUGCUAGUGACACAGAGAAAAAGGAUACCAAACAGAAACCUAGGAAAACUAGGCAGGCUAAACCAAAGUCAGAAACUACUGAGGCCAGCAUAGACAGGCUAGCUGAUACUAUUGGGAAAGCAAGUGUUAAAACACAACCUGUUGAAAAAAAAGAUGAGUACGAGUCGGGCGACACGUCGGACGAGGAGGACCGGCGCACGACGGUGGGCGACGUGCCCAUGUGGUGGUACAACGAGUACCCGCACGUCGGGUACGACCUGGACGCGCGUCAGGUGCUGCGCCCGCCGCAACGGGACCACAUCGACGACUUCCUCAAGAAAUGUGAGGACCCAGAUUUUUGGCGGACUGUUCGCGACCCUAACACUGGGCAAGAUGUAGUGUUGAGUAAGCAGGACCUUGAGCUUAUCCGCCGGCUGCGAGAGGGCCAUGUGCCGGAUCCCACACACGACGAGUACCAGCCAUGGGUAGAGUGGUUCAGUCGCGAGGUGUUAGCUACACCGCUGCGCGCUUUCCCCGAGCACAAGCGUUCAUUCUUGCCGUCGCGGUCUGAACAACAGCAGAUCGGCCGCAUCGUGCACGCGCUCAAAAUGGGCUGGACCAAAACUAGGAAACAACUCGCCGAGGAACGAAGAAAGAAAAGAGAAAAGCAGUUCUACAACCUGUGGGGCUCCUCGGAGGCGGACCCCGCGCAGCGCGGACUGCAGCGACACAUCCCUGCGCCGCGCCGCGCCCUACCCGGACACGCCGAGAGCUACAACCCGCCGCCCGAGUACCUGCUGGACAAGCAAGAGAUGAAGGAGUGGGACAAGCUGAGCGAGACUCCGUGGAAGCGCAAGUACACGUUCCUGCCGACGCGGCACUCCAGCCUGCGCGCAGUGCCCGCCUACGAGCGGUACACGCGCGAGCGCUUCCUGCGCUGCCUCGACCUCUACCUGGCGCCGCGAGCCAUCAAGAUGCGGCUGACGAUCACGGCGGACGACCUGGUACCGAAGUUGCCGUCGCCGCGGGACCUGCAGCCGUUCCCGACGACGGAGGUGUUGCAGUUCAAGGGGCACACGGAGCUGGUGCGCUCCGUGGACUUCGACCCCACCGGGCAGUACAUCGUGUCGGGCGGGGACGACGGCACCGUGCGAGUGUGGGAGUGCAGCUCGGGGCGCUGCCUGCGCACGCUGCGCGCGGGGGCGGGCGCGGGCGCGGGCGUGGCGCGCGUGGGCUGGGCGCCCAGCGCGGCGCUGGCGCUGGUGGCGGCGGCGGCGGGGCGCGCGCUGCUGCUGCUGGCGCCGGGCGCGCCCGCCGUGGCCGCGCGCCUGGCCGAGCGCACCGACCGCCUGCUGGAGGCCGCGCCGCCGCAACACGACGUCACCGUGGACGAGCGCACGUCGAGCUGCGCGCAGUGGCAGCACGUGGCGCCGGAGCAGUGGGCGCAGGGCGUGCGCAUCUCUAUACAACACUUCAAGCCCAUCACGCACCUGGCGUGGCACGCGCGCGGCGACUACGUGUGCGUGACGCUGGCCGAGGCCGCGUCGCGCGCCGUGGUCGUGCACCAGCUGUCGCGGCGCCGCAGCCAGCUGCCCUUCUCCCGCAACAAGGGGCUCGUGCAGUGCGCGCUCUUCCACCCCACGCGCCCGCAGCUCUUCGUGGCCACGCAACGGGUAGUCCGCGUGUACGACCUGGUGAAGCAAGAGUUGGUGCGCAAGCUGCUGACGGGCGCGCAGUGGAUCAGCAACAUGGCCGUGCACCCCGGCGGGGACAACCUGCUCGUCAGCUCCUACGACAGGAAGUGCAUAUGGUUCGACCUGGAGCUGUCGUCCAAGCCGUACCAGACGCUGCGGCUGCACGGCGGCGCGGUCCGCAGCGUGGCCUUCCACCGCCGCUACCCGCUGUUCGCGUCCGCCGGCGACGACGACAAGAUCGUCGUGUCGCACGGAAUGGUCUACAACGACCUGCUGCAGAACCCGCUGCUGGUCCCGCUGAAGCAGCUGCGCGCGGGCGGGCGGCGCAGCGAGCUGUGCGUGCUGGACCUGCGCUGGCACCCGGCGCAGGCGUGGCUGCUGGCCGCCUGCGCCGACCACACGCUGCGGCUCUACGCCUAGCCGCACAUUCUAAUAUACUGCCUUAUAUUCA